AUUCGCCCCCAGUAAGAAAAAUACAGAAUUGCCGACCGACUUAUACGUAAUGGAAGAAGCUUCCUACGACUAAGUCAUACUCAUGCCGAGGGUGUACGACGACUGGGAGAGACUGGUUCACGCUGUUCUCGACCGGGAGGAGCUCCGGCGACUUGCGCUCUGUCCUAGCUUCAGCAGCUCGAGUUCCGCCGAUUUCAGUUUCGACCUCUCCAUUGAUGAUUUUGAAGUUUCUGGAAGAACUACAAGUGAUGAGCAGAGGCCUCAAGACGACACACCGUCCCAUCAAAUUUAUUGCAAGACAUUCACCUUUCACGAGCUGGCCAUUGCUACAAGAAAUUUUUACAGCGACUGUGUUAUAGAUAAGGGAGGUUAUGGCAGAAUGUAUAAAGGACGUCUGCAGGGCUCCAAUCUUGUUGUUGCAGUAAAGGUAGUCGAACGAAUUGACAAGAACAGAGAAUUUCUUGUCGAGACAUUGAUGCUGAGUGUUCUACACCACACUAACAUUAUAAACUUAAUCGGAUAUUGUAGUGAGGGAGAUCAUAGGCUCCUUGUUUAUGAAUAUUCGCCGCUUGGCUCUUUGUAUGAUCACCUUCAUGGCCCUAUGCCGGGUAGGGAAAAUCUCGACUGGAACACGAGGAUGAAAAUAGCUGCCGGAGUAGCCAAAGGAUUGGAGUAUUUGCAUGACAAAGCUAAUCCUCCUGUUAUCCACCGUAAUUUGAAGCCCUCUAGCAUUUUGCUCGGGCAGGGGUAUGAACCAAAGAUAUCUAAUCUGGGAUUCGCAAAACUCGGACCCUUUGGGGACAAAACUCAUGUAAGCACACGGGUUAUGGGUACUUAUGGAUAUUGUGCACCAGAGUACGCCAUGACGGGGAAGCUGACCAUGAAAGCAGAUGUCUAUAGCUUUGGUGUUGUUCUUCUGGAGAUUGUUUCCGGCAGAAAAGCAGUCGGCGAUUUAGAAAAUGGAGAAGUCCUGAGCAUCAUUCCAUGGGUUAGACCAUUAUUAAUGGAAAGAAAGUACGUGCAGAUAGUCGAUCCUGCUCUGGGAGAUCGAUAUCCAUUUAGGUCAUUGUCCCAAGUUCUUGCUGUGGCAGCGAUGUGUAUUCAGGAGAAAGAUGAGUCACGUCCAACAAUGGUGGACGUUGCUGCUGCUUUAACUCAUCUGUCUUCGCUGAAAUAUAAGGUUGAAGCUCAAACAGGCUCUGCUGGGAACUCUGCUUGAAAGAAAUAUGUAUAAAGACAAGCAAGCAACUAUAAUUAUUCAGGUUUGUGCUAUGUUAUGUUAUGCUUUCUGUUGUGUAUCUCUAUUUGACACAGUAGAUUUUCUUGAUGGAGGACUGUAAUCAGAAAAUUUUUAGUAAAAUUCAAAUUAAUGACCCUACUGACAUCCCACAAACCAAAUCUGAACACAAAUGAUAUAUGCAGUGGAAUGUAAUGCAAACUCUCAAAGUUUGUUGUGUUCAAAUA